AUGGAACUUUCCUCAAUCUUGUGGAGUCUAUUCUCAAUGCUCAUUCCAAUGUUGUUGUCAAGCCUAAUUAGACAGAAAAAAUCCAACCCUCCUUCCCCUUUACCUCCAGGUCCAAAGUCCUUGCCUUUUGUGGGAUGCAUUUUCCAAAUGCUAAGAAACAGACCAACAUUUGAGUGGAUGCACAAAAUCAUGCAUGAGAUGAACACCGAAAUCGCUUGUUUUCGUCUUGGUGGCAUUCAUGUCAUUCCAGUCACUUCUCCUGAAAUAGCUCGUGAGUUUCUCAAGAAGCAAGACUCAAUUUUCUCCAGCAGGCCUGUUUGCAUGUCUGCAGAACUUCGCAGCAGCAAAUACCUAUCGGCAGUUCUUUCUCCUUCAGGCAAUCAACAGAAGAAAAUGAAGAAAAUUGUCAUUUCCAGCGUGCUUUCGCCUGCUAAACACCGUUGGCUUCAUGGCAAACGCAUCAAAGAAGCUGAUCAUUUAGUUAAUUACAUACUCAAUCAAUGCAAUAAUUCUUUGACCGGUGGCGAAGUGAACAUAAGAAUUGCUGCAAGGCAUUACUGCAGGAAUGUCACGCGGAGGAUGUUUUUCGACAAAAGAUUCUUCGGGAGAGGUACGGAAGAUGGAGGACCAGGGACUGAGGAAGUAGAGCAUGUUGAAGCACUCUUCACAAUUCUUGAUCAUUUGUUUGCGUUCAGUUUAUCAGAUUAUGUUCCAUGGAUGAGGAGUUUUGAUAUGGAUGGCCACGAAAAAAUCCUUAGCAUGGCUGUUGGAAGUGUGAGAAAGCACCAAGAUCCUGAAAUUGAUAGAAGGAUUGAAAUGUGGAAGAAUGGCUUGAAGAAGGAAGAGGAAGACCUUUUGGACGUCCUGAUCAUGCUUAGAGAUGGAACUGGUAGGCCAUUGCUGACAACUGAAGAGAUCAAAGCACAAAUUAUGGAACUAAUGUUAGCAGCAGUGGAUAAUCCCUCAAAUGCUAUCGAGUGGGUGCUAGCAGAGAUGCUAAAUCAACCCGAAUUACUUCAGAAAGCCACACAAGAACUGGACACGGUGGUUGGAAGGGAUAGACUGGUUCAGGAAUUUGAUCUCCCGCGGCUGAAAUACAUAAAAGCAUGUAUAAAAGAAGCCUUUCGACUCCACCCCAUUUCGCCCUUUAAUGUUCCUCACGUAUCUACUCAAGACACCAUUGUCGGAGGCUACUUCAUCCCAAAAGGCAGUCAUGUAUUGCUAAGUCGUCUUGGACUUGGCCGAAACCCAAGAAUUUGGGAGGACCCUCUCAAGUUCAAGCCUGAGCGUCACCUGGAGGAUUUGGAUGAAUUGAAAGUGGAUCUCAAUAAUCAAGAAUUACACCUUUUGUCAUUCGGCAUUGGAAGGCGUGGAUGUCCAGGAGUUCAGUUGGGUUCUACAAUGUCUAUCAUGUUGCUAGCUAGGCUUCUUCACAGUUUUACUUGGGAAAUUCCUAGAGGUCUUUCACGGAUUGACUUAACUGAGUCACCUCUUUUUGCCAUUGCUAAACCACGGUUAGCAAUUUUAUGA